AUGGCUGAAGUAAAAAAAAAUCUUCCAUCAUCCAUCUACGAAUUCACAAUAAAAGAUUUGGAAAACAGAGACGUAGAACUAUCAAAAUAUGAUAACAAUCAAGUGUUAUUGAUAAUGAAUUUUGCAACAAACGAUGAUUUGGCCGAUAAAAAUUUCCUAGAAUUGCGGGAUUUGAAGCAGAGAUAUCCUGAUGGCAAGAAUUAUUGA